UUUAUUGUUUUGAUUGCUUCCCAACGUUUGAAACAGCUUAUUCUGAAAAAUGUUAAAAAUAUUUGAAGACAGGAUUUAAACUUAAGUUAGAUUUUUCACAAUGGAAACUACUGGAUCUACAUCUUUGGUUUGUAGUUCCGAUGUUGCAGCAUUUGUCGAUGCCUUGGAAACGAUUAACUACAAUGAAUCCGAAUGCUAUGAUACUGGUGAAAAUGUUGUUAUUUGUGUGUCUGAACCUGACAUGAACAUUACAAAAGAAAAUGAACUAUCUGUAACUGAUAUUGAAGAUGCCUGUGCUGAAACUGGUAGCAAUUAUUUCAAUCCUGACACAAGAAAACUGAAAGCUGUCAUGCAACAACUUGUUUCGCAGAAGAAAGCAGUCAUUGUUAAAAAAUCUCUCACUAACACCAAAGGCACAAAACAGUUUAAGAGUGAUGUUUGGAAUUGGUUUGGUGAUGUGAGACUUUUUAUAUCUGAGAGUGAUGCUGAGAGGUUGAAGAUACCUUAUUACAUGCGCCUCUGUGGAGAUGAACAGGCCAUGAUUUGCAAAGUUUUUGUGGGUUGCUUUCGUUGUUCAGCAUUGUUCAUGUAUGAUGCUCAAAAGCAUUCAACUUCAACUCUUCGAUAUCAUGUCAGAGCUUGUAAUAGACCUAAAGAAUGUAUUUUUGUAUCUGAAGAUAGAAUGGAUGAUGAAUCUUCUGAAGUUCCUGAAAGUGAAAGACAACAAGGUCCUUCUGCUGGUUCAGUACCAAAAGCCAAAAGAUUUAGAACAGAUCCUCGUAAACAGAAAGAAGUGAUUGAGCAACUUUUCCAAAAACAAAAGGCUGUCGUCACUCGUAAGUCGUUUAUGAAUAUGAAGGGCAACAGGCGGUUUAAAAGUGAUGUAUGGAACUGGUUUGGUGACAUAAAAUUGCUUAUCAGUCGAAGUGAAGCUAAACAACUUAAAAUCCCUUACUAUAUCAGGAGAUGUGGAGAUGAACAGUUAGUACUUUCUAAAGUAUUUGUGGGAUGUUUCAAAUGCAUGGCUUUAUUUAUUCAUGAUUCUCAAAAGUCUACAUCAACUCUUCGAUAUCACAUCCGUACAUGCUCACGCCCUAAAGAAAGAAAAAAACGAACUACACCCAAUAUUAUAUUUUUCCCAAAUAAAACAAGUCCCAAAGAACCAGAAGCAUUCAAUGAUGCUGAUGCCAUUCCGGCCCAUGAAAAAUUGUUAAAUUUUGCUUUAAGUUCUGAAAGUUCCCUGGAAGUUAUUAAAGAUCCAGAAUUUCACAAAAUUUUACAGAUGUGCAUUACAGUUGGUGCUAUUUAUGGUGAUGUAAAUAUUGAUAGCCUUUUGUGUGCAACACCUACUUUAACAAGCUUCAUUUUAAAUGAUUUAUAUGUUACUACAGUGAAUGCCUUUUACACUGAAUUUCAACAUUCCUAUGGAGCCACAUAUAAGUUAAAUAUCUGGAUUGAUGAACAGAUGAAAUCUCCUUUUAUAAGUGUUUACUGCAAUUAUACUAAUACUAAUGGCCAAUUGAAAUCUGUAAUUAUUCAUACGGAUGAUUUUGAUUAUGAAUCCAAAACUGCAGACAAUGUAAGAGAGUGGUUUGCCCAUUUCCUGGCUGAUCAACCAGUCAUACCAUUUAAGCGUCUCAUUGCUAUAGACCAUGAAUCAAAUCUUGUUGCUACAUUUAAGGAUGAGCCUUGUAUCAAAUGUUCAGUUCAGCCCUUAACAAACAUUUUGCAAACGGUGGCAAGUAAAGGUGCUACCAAUACCAACAGCGAGUUGCCAGAUUUUACAAACUUACUCAGCAAUUGUGUAGAUCUUGUUGAUUAUUUUGAACGGAUUUCUGAUCAGUUCCAACUUCCAGAAGAGCUUACAAAAUGUACUGAUGAUAAAUGGACUUCUAUCUUGGCUUUAUUUCGCUCAAUAGAUAAUCAGUAUGAAAACAUACUGAAUGCUCUUAAUGCUACUAAUGCUACACAUUUGUUGUCUGUGGAAAAAUCGACCAUUAGUUCUGUGGUAGAAUUUUUCAAAUUAUUUGAAGAUGCCAUUAUUCAACUGUCAAGUUCCACAGAAUCUACCUUGAACCUUGUGAUUCCUUGGGUUGCUAAACUUCAAAAGCAUUGUACUGUUGAUACAGAUGAUACUGCUGCCUUGAAACAAUUUAAAACUAAUAUUGGAAUUGAAGUCAAUGACCGCCUUGUCAAAAGUAUUAAUGUUUAUCACCGGAUGGCCACAUUCUUAGAUCCCAGAUUUAAGAAGAUGGUAUUUGGGUCUCCUACUGAGCAUCGUGAUGCUUGUAACAAAGUAAAAUGCCUUGUUAAAGAAUGCAUGGAAUCUCCCAACAUGGAAGAUUUAGUUGACAGUCGGAAAACUCAUGGAGAAACCAGUGAUCGUUUCUCUGAUUUGUACUCUAUAAAUAGUUUUGACACCAGUAAGUGUGAAAAGGCUGCAAUGGAAGAAGUUGACAAGUAUUUAGCUGAGCCAUUUCAUAUUGUCAGUCAUGAUCUAUCUCAAUAUAAUAGCUAUCCAGUUUUGAAAUACUGGAAGGAUCAUUCAGAAAUGUACCCAAAUCUAUGUAGAAUAGCAUAUUGGCUUCUUUCUUGUCCUGCUAGCUCUAUUCAAGAAAAUGAAACUUUUUGGAGUAAUAACUGGCUAGUCAAUUGCCCACGAUUUCCUAUACCACCUGAUAAUGUCAAUAAAGUAUUGUUUGUGAAGACAUUUCAAGGCUUGUAAAAGGAUUGGGGAUACUUUGAAGAAGAAAAUAUUAUUCUUAGGCAUAUUAGUGUACAAAACAUUAAUUUUGAAUGCAUCUAGUAUGAUGUAUAAAAAAUUUUGAGGAGCAGUGUUAAUUAUUGACUUGUAAAAUAAAUUGUUAUUUAAGAAAA